CUAAAAGGGUUUCUAAUUCACGUGCACGGUGCCACUCACCUCUUUGUUUCCACGUUCACCGCAAAAACAAAAAUCACUGUCGCUUCCGAUUUCCGAAACGUUGCUGUUCUGCUCGUAAAUUCCGGCGUGAACAGAAAUUCCGGCGACUUUUAAUUGCUGGAACACCACUGUAACUCCGGCGAACUGCUGCUGUUGUUGCUCCGAAGUCUUUCUUCCAAUCGCUGGUGUUAAUCACCCCUGGUACGCAGCAUUUCCUUCACGCACAAGGCCACGGUUCGUCUCGGACUCGGAAUUCCCAACACACUUUUCGUUGUGCAGAGUUAAAACAAUGUCGGUUAGAAUGGUUGCCAGGAGAUUGGGGAGCAAGCUAUUACCCAGGUUUACUCCCGCUGCUACACUACAUUCCCAUGCUACUAGCUUCGGAUUUAAAGAAGUAAAUGAAGAAGAAAAAAGCCAGUUGGUCGGUAACGUCUUCACCAAGGUUGCGUCAAACUAUGACAUCAUGAAUGAUUUGAUGAGUGGUGGAUUGCAUAGGUUGUGGAAAGAGAGAUUGGUUUCAAAAUUGAGUCCGUUUCCUGGGAUGAAGCAUCUUGAUGUGGCUGGCGGGACAGGUGAUGUUGCUUUCAGGAUUCUGGAAACUAUUAAUAGUGUUAAUCGCAGGGCCAUGGAAGGCACAGUCGAAGAUGAUUUGCGGGAAGAAACUCAGAUUUAUGUUUGUGAUAUUAAUCCAAAUAUGUUAAACGUUGGCAAAAAGCGAGCCCAAGAAAGAGGGCUUGGAGAUCUGGGGUCCCUUGUAUGGGUCGAGGGUGAUGCAGAAAAGCUUACUUUUAAGGAUGAUUCGAUGGAUGGUUACACUAUUGCUUUUGGUAUUAGAAAUGUUACGCACAUUGAAAAAGUUCUUGCUGAAGCAUACAGGGUACUCAAAAAGGGAGGGAGAUUCCUUUGCCUUGAGCUCAGCCAUGUAGACACUCCAGUUUUCAAGCAGCUGUAUGAUUACUACUCAUUCUCAGUCAUUCCAGUUCUAGGAGAGCUUGUUGCAGGAGAUCGUGAUUCUUAUCAGUAUUUGGUGGAGAGCGUUCGGCGUUUUCCUCCUCAGGAGGUAUUUGCUUCGAUGAUCGCGGAUGCUGGGUUUCAAAAGGUCGAGUAUGAAAAUCUUGUGGGUGGAGUGGUCGCGAUUCAUUCCGGGUUGAAAAUUUAAACUAUUCACGUGUCGGGUUUACAAGAGAAGUUCAUAAAUGGAGUCUAGGAUGAUACCAACUACAGGAUGCAUGGUUAUUUUAUUUUGUUUUUGUGUUCUCUUGGUCUUUCUAACCUGUCUUCAGUUUUAGUUUGGAUUCUAUUUUUGUAAUUCAAUCUAGGUUUUAAAAAACUAUAAAACAAUAUGCAGUUUAGUUA